GGCAUUGGAUAAUAAGAUGAUAUUUCUAAAGGGGAACAAGAGCAAGGAAAGGAGAAACAGUAAAGAGAAAAGAAGGAAAGGAGGAGGUGAAAAGUUUUGACAUGUAUCAAGAAAAAAAAAGGAUUCCCUUGCAAUGAUAAUCUUUUGCAGUAUACAUGCAUAUCAAAAUACACUGGUGAGUCGCUUGUUUGAAAGAGGAAUUUCAUGUGCUUCAGGAGAAAAUGAGCAUAAAAGGUAUACAAGCAACACCCUGAUGGAUAAAUGGUCUGGCUGCAUAUAACAAUUUUAAAAAGCUUCCUUUCGAUCCCUUACUCUUUCACAUUGCUUUUUAUUCUCUUCUUUUCUUUACCAAAUGGGCCUUUUAAACUUUAGAAGAAAAAGCAAAAAGCAAUCUUCUGAUUAUCCUUCUACUUUUAUCCAAUCCGAGGUAGAAAUCCCUUCUUUGCCUGUUUACAAUGAAAAAUAUCUUUCCUUGUCAUCCCCUACACUGUCUAAAAGUCAAACAUUUUCAAAGGUGCCAGAUACAAGUUUAAUGGAUGAUAUUAUGAAUGAAUUGGGGUCCUCAAAAGACGCAAGCUCAAAGCCUAUGCCGUCUAGCACGACAAAUCCAAAAGUUAUUCGACCAUUAUUACAAUUUGACACACUUUUAGAAGAAACAGUCAAAUCUGCCACCAACAACCCUGCAGCAUCUUUUGAGCUAGAAUCUGCAACAGGGCAACAGAAGCCUCUCCUUCAUUUCUCAAGCAUUAAAAAACCAACAUUCCAGCACCAAGAGAACAAGAAACUAGAGUUGCAACAAGAAAACCAUACUAAUAAUUUGAAUAAUCGUGAUGAACAUACCGGUGACGCCGAUGAAGAAGAAGAAAAAGAAGAAAAGGAAGAUAAUUAUAUUCUUGGCUCAAGAUUAAUGCGAAAUCAAGUCAAGAGACACUCUGCACCUGUCAACAAUAAGCCUUCACCCAUGCCUCUUUCUUCUUCUUCUGCUUCUGAUACUUCAAAUGAACCUGUUCAACCAAGUUCAAAGACUUUAAUGGACCGAAUGAAGGAAAGGCAUCGCCAAGAAGCACGCAGAUCUUCGUCUUCCCCCUUUAUGGACCGUAAUUUGAGUUCACCCUCUAUGCCUAUUAUUGCUGGUGCGACAACAGACCGAUUCAGCCACAUUGCUGAUGGAAGUAAAAAUAGGCCACAGAAAAAUAUGGUUCAAUCUCAGUCAUGCAAUAUGUUCAUGAAGCCAUCGGUGACCAUAAAAAACGAGAAUUGUUCUUUUGACAUAUUCAAUGCUCCUAUUCAGACACAAUCUGAUGUUAGCUUGAGUAAUACUAGACGUUUUCAUUCUCUUCAACACUCAUAUCAUCAGCCUGCUCUAUCGUCACUUCCAAUACAAGAAAAUGAAGAAGAUAUACCAUCUUUGCCUCGCUUUGCAUUAAAUCGAUCUGUUUCUGCUUAUCCUGGGUUUCCUACACGUUCUCUUCAGCAGCAGCAACAGAUUUUGUUACAGCAACAGCAACAGCAACAGGAACAGCAGCAGAUGCAACAGCAACAAAUUCAGCAGCAAAUUGAGCUGAAACAGCAUCAACUUGAAGAGCAACAACGUUUACAACAACAAAAACUGCAACAGCUUCAUCUUCAACAAAAACAACAGCAAGAACAAAACAACAUCAAUCAAGCUAUACUAGAUUCUAUUAUGUCUUCCUCCUUAGAAUACGAAGCAGGAAAGCAUCAUUUGACUUCGAAGCCAUUGUAUAAACGUCUGCCUGUAGAAAAAUAUCGAAAACAUCAUCAUCACCACCACCAUCAUCAUCAACAGCACCGUCAUCAUCAUUGUAGUUAUCACUCAAAUGACAGUUGCAAAUCGAUCGCAUUACAUAGAUGUCGCACGCCACCUCCUGAGUCACAUCAUUUGGCGAUAGAUGAAUCCAAAAACAAGAAAGAAGUACUGGAAAGACCACUUUCACCUGUAUCUUUGACAGACAAGGAAAAGCUUGCAAGUAUUGAAGACAUUAUCAUGAACUCUUCUUCAAGCACAUUGGCGAGUGAUCCCAAAAUCAAGGUAGUGGAUAUACCUCUCAAAUUAAAGCGAGAGUUACAAGAUAUGCAGCUGCGACGAUCAUCCUAUUCUGUUCCUGAUUUAAGCAGGUUUUCAAAAGAAAAUAUACCUGAAAUAGACGAAAAUAAGUGGAAUACACUUUGUCCAAUAAGUAACUCAGAAAAUAAAACGAAAGAAAGAGAAGACAAAAUACAAGAAAAACCCUUUUGUCGAAAAAGGCAUCGAUGUAGAUCAAAAUGCUGCCAUCAUCGUCAUUGUUAUUCGUCAAUCAAACCUUGCAGUAACACUCUCAAACAUUCACAAUCUACCUGCUCAGUGGUUUCUGAAGUCGAUGAUAUGACUCAUUGCCACUACAAGAAGUCAUUGUGUCGAUCUGCAAGACACUGCAAACAUCAUUAAUGUAAAGAGAUGAUUGAGACAAAUUACGCGGAGAAUGAAACACUUUAUUUAAAUUUGAUUUGAUUUUUGAUACCAGCCCCCCACUAUAUCAAUUUACACUGCAACACUUUUUUAGGGAAGAUAAAAAGGCACAAAGAAUUCUAUAAUUUUUUUUUUCAUUAUUAUUUUUAUUAUUAUUUGCAUUGCGUUACUGUAUCAUAACUGGUAGAUAAAGAAAGUAAAUUUUGUUAAUAACAAUAGUAAAAUAAAGAGAU